UAUAAGAAACUUUGUAUUAAAGCAUUUUCUCCGCAAGGUUACAAAGUCCCAACGAAUAAUUUUUUAUCUACAUAUUAUAAAGGAUGGACAUUUCAAAUCAUAUAUAACGACGAAGAAGAUUUUAUAAAAUUAUUAAUUAUACUUUACCUUUCUGCAGUUGUACUAAUGUAUGACGUAUAAUUUUUUUUUUUGAAGACUAUUUAACUUUUUAAAUUUGUAAAAACUGGAUACGAAGAUCAGUUUCUGCAUAAAGACGGUUUUGGUAAAUAGAUUUUUUUUUAUUUUAUUUUGAGUAUUGUAGUGCUCCCAAAAUGAGCUAAAGGAAUUGAUGGAUGGAAUAUGACAAGGCCUAGAAAAAUUAGGAAUGAUUGAAUAAGAACCAGGAGGCAAAAGUUAAGUAUUUUGAUAUAAAAAAUAUCCCUCAAUGGCAUCAAUAGAUAAUAAAAUAUCAUUAUUGCAUGUGUAUUAGUGCAUUAUAACAUAACACUAUGCCUCUUACAUAAUAGCUCAUACAAUCAUGCAGCUCUUAGAUUCCUCUUUUUAAAGAGAGGAAAGACGUAUUUAUUAUAAUAUUAUAAAAAUUAAAUACUCUUAUAAAUUCUUUUAAAUUACACUUUAAAAUUUAAAUAUACCUAAUAAUAAUUCGAUAACAGUCCAUUAUAUGCACACAUCCGCUUAUGUUAUCUCCUUGGCUUUUAAUUUAUAAACAAUGCAUAGACAAUUUGUGUUGGUGAAACAGGACUAAUAGGUACAAAUAUUAUAAGUGCUCGGAGUACUUAAUUAGUUUUCAUAUAUUAAGAUGACUUGACCUGUUAUCAAAAUUAAAGGUAAGAAUAUUAUCAAAGUCAUCUCGUAAGCGUUUUAUGAUAUUUUUUUAUCUUAAACUGAAUUAUAACUAGGUUUGUGAAUAAUAGAUAUUCGUCAUCAUAAUAUAGCUUUACAAUUCUAUAAGACUUUUAGUCACAACCAGUUUUUUCUGUAUACUUAUAUUAUUACAUAUCAAAUUUAGGUUUGCAAGAUAUUCUAUCAAGUUCAAGUGAGCAAAAAAAAAUUUUUGGGAGGAUGAUAUUAUAUACUAAAAAAGUAAAACAUAUGGGAAGGUAUUAAGUUAUUAAACAUGUCAUUCCUCUAUACAUGUAAAUUGGUUUUAAUUAAAUCUAACAUGAUAAAUUUAAUAAAAAUCGAACUUUUUUAUUAACUACUAGAACAAAUAAUUCAUGUUUUUAUUUCCUGCUUAAGAUUCGUACUCUUUUUGUUUUACCAAGGUCAGUAACCUGUUUCAAAGAAUAUUUCUAUUAAAGUUAUAAGUUGUAACAAAUAUACAAUAUACAAUAUACAUACAUAUAUAUUAAAUUAAUACGAUGAUUAUACUUAACGGUAUUAUCCGUACUUAAUGUAUAUAAUUCUAAAAUAUUCAAUUAAGAUAAAAAUAUAAAAUAAUGACCUUGCUAAAAGGAUUGUUAGGUGACGGGUAUCUAAAAUAACCAGAAGUAUGUCUAGCUAUAUGGCAUAAAAUUGUAAAUUGUAAUAAUUAGUUAUAACUCAUAACACAUACCAUCAUACUUUAAUUUUAAUAAUUUAAUAUGACCUCAUAUAUACUAACAUAUGCUUAUAAAGUUAUAAGUUAUAACUGACACUUAUAUCAUAUGCUGCAUAGUGUAUAUCCGAGUAUAUAAUUUAUUAUAUUAUAAUACCUAUAUUGUGUAUUAUGCGUCAUACACCUACACCUGAUAACAUAUAAGUAUAGGUAGGUAAUACAUACUCCAGAAAUGUUAAAAUCUCCAAACCACGGUCCGUCGAUGAUUUUAAUUUUUGUUAUUUCAUGUGCUCAAUAUUUCAAGGUAGGUACCUAUAAAAUUUUUUUAAUAAAACAAUAAUAUGAUCCGCGGAUUCGUGUCUUCCCCGUCGGUGGUGGUGUGCAUACUCGUGCUGACCGUCUCCACCGGCGUACAUCACACGAGUGCAGAGUGCUGGGACACGGGCUGUCAACUGGACUCGUGGCUGGUUAAGGGCUGCGAGCAGUACGACGGUAUGACGGAGAUAAAGCGCAAGCCGUGUGGCCGCGGCGGUAAGGGCGCGGGCCACGUGUAUUCCUGCUGUUACCAGCGGAAUUCGAUCGAUCCUUCUCAGCGGUUGUGCCGGGCCACAGGAUGCGUAUUGGAUUCAGCAGGAUCGGACGAUCGCAAUGCUACAGCAAGUAAUGGCAGCGGUGGUUGCAGCAGCUCGUCGCAGUACCGGAACACGAUCGAGGUGGAACGGUGGCCGUGCGACGGGGGCCACGUGUACUUUUGCUGCAACAGCACGAACGAUCCCUCGGACGCGGUGCAACUGAACAAAAUCGGGGACCUCACCUACUAUAGUUUGGGAUUGACGGCGUGCGGUCAAGUUUACGCCGACGACGACAUGGUUGCGGCGAUAGCGUUCGAUCAUUUUACCACUCCGAAUCCCAAUUUGGAUCCCGUGUGCGGCAGACGUGCAAAAAUAAUCGAUCCAACUACGUUGAAAUCCAUCGUAGUGACCGUGAGAGACAAAUGCGAAGCCUGCAAGACAAAUGAUAUCGACGUGUCUCCUUCUGCGUUUGAAAAACUUAAACCGAAAAUUGUUGGUAGAAUCAAAGUGGUUUGGGAUUUUAUUUGAUGUUUACUAUAUUGUACCUGUAUAAUAAUAUGAUGUACUCGUACAAAACAAUAUCUGAUAGUAUUAAUUUAUAGAUUGUAUAGUUUUCUAUAAACUAUAAACAAUAUUAUACCUAUGAAAUUGUUUGUUAAUAUUAUAUCAAUAAUAAUGUACCUAUAGGUAAUAAUUAAUAAGCACUGUGGCGUG